AUGUCAUCGCUGGCCCUUCCGACAGCGGCGAAGAAACCCGCGAGCCUGGCGUUGCCCGGAUCAACACCACAGCCUGCAACGCAGUCCGCCAUGCCAGCCACCCAACAGCGACCAAUUGCCAGUGCGGGUAACACCAGCCGAUUGGCGGCGGAUCAUUCGAGGGGGUCUGCUUCGCCGUCUCCGGAGCCUGAGGACGACGCCGACGGAGAGGGUGAUGAUGAUGAUGAGGAACACAAGAAGCCAAAAAGCUCCAAGAAGAAGAAGUCGACUGCUUCGGCCGCACUGGGCGUAGAUGGGGCAGGCAGGCAGGAGUAUCGGUAUACGAACGAGAUUUCGCAGAUGGAUCCCUUGCCUGAGACUGUGCGCUUGGUGGAAGACAUUGUGCGAGGACAGAUCAUUGAGAUCGUAACUCGGGCAAGGCUGCUCACCCAUUUGCGCUCUUCGCGAUACCUUUCCGCCGAGGACCUCAUCUUCCUCAUCCGCGAUGAUCGAGGAAAGGUUAACCGAUUGCGAACAUACCUGUCGUGGAAGGAUGUCCGCAAGAAAGCCAAGGAAGAUGACGAAGGUGGCGACGUGGAUGUCGACGAGGCAGGUGAGCGCGAAAGUCCUGAUCAUUCUGCUGACGAGGUAGAGAAGAACGCUAUCAAGGGCCGGAAGCCCAUCGUGAAGCUGUCGUGGGAGCUGUUGACACCUUUCUCCGAAUUCCUGCGCGCUCUGCCAACUCAACAGAAUCGGGCCGAGGAAGACGAAGACGAAGAUGAGGACGAACUUCAGGCUCACGAAGACAUCAUGCAGCGACUCCGGGAUGCCGACGAGAUCACGAAGAAAAUGACCAAGGACGAAUAUGUCCAUUACUCUGACUGCCCGCGUCGUUUCCGCGAAUUCAUCAAUUUCAGCGCCUACCUCGACGUUCGGCCAAACGAUGAUAUCGUCGACAUCCUGGGAUUCUUGGCGUUCGAGAUGGUGAGGUCCCUUUGUGUCACAGCUCUUGAAGUGCGCGAACAGAUGGAAAAGAGCACUACCGCCUCUUCUCGCACUUCUGCAUUGAAGCGCAAGGGAGGCGCCAGUCAAGCGUCACCUGCGAAGCGAGCGAAGGUUGACCUCGCGCCGUCCCCGACCGAGACUGGCUCCCCUGCACCAGGUGCCGACACUUCACGCCGAUGCGUGGCUCCUCGCUCUUUAUUCGCUGCACCACCAAGUGCACGGCAACCCCUUCUUCCCAGCCAUGUACUCGAAGCAUUUGCUCAGAUCCAACGCAAGCAGACCUCAAACCGUGUUGGAGGGAUGAGGAACUGGCGCGGAGGGCUGACCCGCGGACGUGUUGCUUUGGUGUAA